AUGUGUCUCAGAAGACAGGACAUGCAGGUGCGAUGUGUCUCAGAAGACAGGACAUGCAGGUGCGAUGUGUCUCAGAAGACAGGACAUGCAGGUGCGAUGUGUCUCAGAAGACAGGACAUGCAGGUGCGAUGUGUCUCAGAAGACAGGACAUGCAGGUGCGAUGUGUCUCAGAAGACAGGACAUGCAGGUGCGAUGUGUCUCAGAAGACAGGACAUGCAGGUGCGAUGUGUCUUAGAAGACAAGACAUGCAGGUGCGAUGUGUCUCAGAGGACAGGACAUGCAGGUGCGAUGUGUCUUAGAAGACAGGACAUGCAGGUGCGAUGUGUCUUAGAAGACAGGACAUGCAGUUGCGAUGUGUCUUAG